AGGGGGGGGGAGGAGGAGAACCAAAGAUGGUCGGCAACCCGUGUGCUCGCAAGCUGGCCCGGCGAUCCAAGUCUGCGCUGAUCGCAGCACUGAGCGUGCUGCUCAUCCAGACACUCAUCGUGCGGAACUUCAGCACACUGGACUCGAGCGAGGACGGCGGGAAGGGCGCCGACAGGAGCCCCGAGAAGAGGGACCACCGAGUGGGCGGAGGUCAACAAAACCUACAGAAACUGAAGAAGACUGAACUCUCCCCUCAGAUCCUCUGGAACCUCCAUCGGUGCACCGUUGAGAGCAUCCUCACCCAGUGCUUCAAGGCACAUUCCUCUUUAGAAAUGUACCAACAGCAGUCCUACUCCUGGGAGGAAGAUGACUUUCAGCUUCCAUAUGGAGUUGAGAAUGUGGCCAUAAACAGCCAAAUUGCGAUCGGACCUACGUCAUGUACCACGGCACCACCAGGACCAAGCAACGGCCAUCCAGCGCAAUGGUUUCAAACAGUCGGCGGACGGGAUGCUGGGCUUGGCGUCUACCUCAGCCGUGACCUGCAAAAGGCCAGCAGGUAUCCCAUCGACCCUGCUCUACCUGACUCAGAGCGGGUGGUGUUCAGGGUGAAGGUCAACGUGGGGAACGUGAUCGCGAUUAACCGCCAGCGCCAUCCUCGCCAGAAGAACUGGCACGAUUACCGGUACGGGGAGGUCUUCGACACUGCCUGGUGCCCCCCGGACUGCGGCAUGACGAAGAGCGGCUUGGAGGAGGACUGCGUCUGGGACCCAAACCGCAUCAAGAUAGACAGGUGUAUCGCUCCAACCCCGGCCCCCUUAAUGCAAGGGCAUACCGUGGCUGAAGCCCCAGGGUCUAUGGCUGAAGCCCCAGGGGCUAUGAUCAUCAUGGGCAUGGGUAUUAUUUUAUCAUUUAUUUUUGCUAUUUUUGGCUCAAGAUAGGCACCCCAAUCGGCGUAGGCCCAAGACAAUGUGAUUUUUUGUUUGGGGCCCAAACAGAUCAGAGGCCUAUAAUGAGCCAAGCCCCCCCCCGUCGACUAAAUUACACAUCUUCAUUGUAAGAUCCCCUCUCAGACCCAGGGCCCAAUGGCAGGUUAAAGCAGGCCCGGCUCCUACCACUAUGGCUGGGCAAAUGCCUGGCAAUCCCUUCUAUAAAUAAAGUGGCAGCACACCUGUUGUUGAAGUUAAUACAGUUGGAUUAUUAAUAGAUCAUGUUUUCACUGUGUUAUUCACAAAAACAUUUAUAAAAUAAAUUUGGUAAAAAAAACUCAAAAA